UCAGUCUUUUAUUUGCAUACUCUACUAGUCCUGUCUUCAUUGGAGGGAAGUGAUUGGCCAGAUCUGGGCUGUCUUGCUGGCUGCCUUCCUUGCUGGGCUCCAACUUAUCUCCUAUGUACACAGCCCUUGGAGUUCAGAGGCCUCUGCUGACCUCUGCCCAACCUCUCCUCUGCACCCAAGCCCUCAAUGGUACAUACAAGAGCAGAGGAAGGCAAGAACUAGGAGACAAGAGAGAGGCUGGAAACAGGCUACAAAAGGGCUCAGAACCCCAGCACACCUCACUGUCCCAACUCUGUCCACCACCUGCUGUGGCCACAGCAAAAGAAGAGAGAGCUAAUAAGACAGAAAGUAAGGCCGGGUACCUUGUGGACAGUAGUGUCAUUAGCUGUGACGCCCAAGAUGUCUCAAGAGAUGGGAGAGCUCACCCAAACCAGAUUGCAGAAGAUCUGGAUUCCACACAACAACGGCAACAGCAGGCUUCAACAGAGGAGGGGCUCAUCCAUACCACAGUUUACAAAUUCCCCCACGAUGGUGAUCAUGGUGGGUUUACCAGCUCGAGGAAAGACCUACAUCUCAACAAAGCUCACACGCUAUCUCAACUGGAUAGGAACACCAACUAAAGUGUUUAAUUUAGGCCAAUAUCGACGAGAGGCAGUGAGCUACAAGAACUACGAAUUCUUUCUUCCCGACAACAUGGAGGCCCUACUUAUCAGGAAGCAGUGUGCCCUAGCAGCCCUGAAAGAUGUUCAUAGCUAUCUCAGCCAUGAGGAAGGUCGUGUUGCGGUUUUUGAUGCCACCAACACUACCAGAGAACGACGGUCACUGAUUCUGCAGUUUGCUAAAGAACAUGGUUACAAGGUCUUUUUCAUUGAGUCCAUUUGUAAUGACCCUGACGUCAUUGCAGAAAACAUCAGGCAAGUGAAACUUGGCAGUCCUGAUUAUAUAGACUGUGAUCGUGAAAAGGUUCUGGAAGAUUUUCUAAAGAGAAUAGAGUGCUAUGAGGUCAACUACCAACCCUUGGAUGAUGAACUGGAUAGCCACCUGUCCUACAUCAAGAUCUUCGACGUGGGCACACGCUACAUGGUGAAUCGUGUGCAGGACCAUAUCCAGAGCCGCACAGUCUACUAUCUCAUGAACAUUCACGUCACACCCCGCUCCAUCUACCUAUGCCGGCACGGUGAGAGUGAACUCAACCUCAGAGGCCGCAUUGGAGGUGACUCUGGCCUCUCAGCUCGGGGCAAGCAGUAUGCCUAUGCCCUGGCCAAUUUCAUUCAGUCCCAGGGUAUCAGCUCACUGAAGGUGUGGACCAGCCACAUGAAGAGGACUAUCCAGACAGCUGAAGCCUUAGGCAUUCCCUAUGAGCAAUGGAAGGCCCUGAAUGAGAUUGAUGCGGGUGUCUGUGAGGAGAUGACCUAUGAAGAAAUCCAAGAACACUACCCUGAAGAAUUUGCACUGCGAGACCAAGAUAAAUACCGCUACCGCUAUCCUAAGGGAGAGUCUUAUGAGGAUCUGGUCCAGCGUCUGGAGCCAGUUAUAAUGGAGCUAGAACGGCAGGAAAAUGUAUUGGUGAUCUGCCAUCAGGCUGUCAUGCGGUGCCUCCUGGCCUACUUUCUGGACAAGAGCUCAGAUGAGUUGCCUUAUCUCAAGUGCCCUCUGCACACAGUGCUCAAACUUACACCUGUGGCUUAUGGUGGAGUCCAUCUACCUGAAUGUGGAGGCUGUAAACACACAUCGGGAGAAGCCUGAGAAUGUGGACAUCACCCGGGAACCUGAAGAAGCCCUGGACACUGUUCCUGCCCACUACUGAGCCCUUUCUUAGACAUCAAACUGCCUCUGUCCUUUCUUGGGUUCACCUUUAGGAGCUGCUAUUAUUGCUCUUUUCUUACACUGAGAACACUCUGAACUUGGCCUCACUGGAAGAGACCCACUUCUAGUAAAGAAACUCCAAAAUAGGCCUUGAUUUCUAGCUAUAAACAAGGAGCUGUCUAGCUCAAGAUGAAACUUGUUCCUUCUUAAUUCCUAUUCCCUGAUCAAUAAAGACUUCCUUACUGCCUA